AUAAUAAUAAUAAUAAAGACAAUAAUAAUAAUAAAGACAAUAAUAAUAAUAAAGAUACAUAUAAUGGAUUUUACUGGAGGAAUACGUUCAUUACUGGACAAAGAGCAAUGACAGACUACCUACUGGAGAUAGAGGAUUUAGAAGGUUUGUCUCAAAGGACCUUUAGAAAUGCCGACGAGAGUGGGCCCCAGCUGGUCAACUGCUACUUAAAAUCUGACGUUGAAAAAAGGGCACUUGAGGUCUGGGGUAGUUGGGGUCUUCUUGAGAAGGCUCUUGACAUUAGACGAAGACAAGCUAAAGAGGAGGACAGGAGAAGAGAAGGAUUAAAUGCAUUAAUUACGCUACUAAAGAAAGUCAAGAAAGAAUCGACAAGAAAACACGUGGAGACUGAAGUGUAUGGUGAUCCACAGAAGAGGGUGGAGCUACUUCAAGGAUCAGCAAGAGUUGUAUUUUAUGCUAUAGCAAGUAAUACUGUGGUAAUGAUUAUUAAACUAUUGUCAUAUCUAUACACUGGAUCAGCAUCAAUGCUCUCUGAAGCAAUCCACUCACUGGUUGAUGUCCUUAAUCAAUGUUUAUUAGCUUUUGGUAUCACUCAGUCCAUCAGAAAGCCAGACCUAUCCCACCCGUAUGGAUUCUCUCGUGCGAGGUACGUCUACUCACUGAUCAGUGGCAUUGGUAUAUUCUUCCUUGGAUGUGGUGUCACUGUCUAUCACGGGAUCAACAGCAUCAUGUACCCGCCCAUUCUGUCUCAUCUACCAGCUGCCUUUGUGGUACUUGCUGGUUCAUUGCUUGUUGAAGGAGCUACACUGAUAGCGGCCAUUAGACAGGUACAGAUCAGUGCAGCUGAAACUAAAAUGAGCUUCAAAGACUUUGGUAUGAAAUUAUCU